AUCAGGAUAAAUUACAUGGCAGCACUGAGCAAUAUUUCCUCUAUUCCAGUCUCUGAAUUCCUUCUCAUCUGCUUCCCUAACUAUCAGAGUUGGCAGCACUGGCUGUCCCUGCCCCUCAGCCUCCUCUUCCUCCUGGCCAUGGGGGCCAACGCCACUCUCCUGAUCACCAUCUGGCUGGAGACCUCUCUGCACGAGCCCAUGUACUACCUGCUCAGCCUCCUCUCCUUGCUGGACAUCAUUCUCUGUCUCACUGUCAUCCCCAAAGUCCUGGGCAUAUUCUGGUUUGACCUCAGUUCCAUCAGCUUUUUUGCCUGCUUCCUCCAGAUGUUCAUCAUGAACAGUUUCCUGACCAUGGAGUCCUGCACAUUCAUGGUCAUGGCCUAUGACCGCUAUGUGGCCAUCUGCCACCCUCUACGAUACCCAUCCAUCAUCACGGACCAAUUUGUGUCUAGGGCUGCCAUAUUUGUUGUGGCCCGGAAUGCCCUUUUUUCUCUUCCUGUUCCCAUCCUUUCUGCCAGACUCAAAUACUGUGCAGAGAACAUCAUCAAGAACUGCAUCUGUACUAACCUGUCUGUGUCUAAACUCUCUUGUGAUAAGAUCUUCUUCAAUCGACUCUACCAGUUUGUGGCAGGCUGGACCCUGCUGGGCUCUGACCUCAUCCUCAUUGUUCUCUCCUACUCCUUUAUCCUGAAAGCUGUGCUCAGGAUCAAGUCUGAGGGAGCUGCAGCCAAGGCCUUGAGCACAUGUGGUUCUCAUUUCAUCCUCAUCCUCUUCUUCAGCACAGUCCUGCUUGUUCUAGUUAUCACCAACUUGGCCAGAAAGCGAAUUCCCCCAGAUGUCCCCAUCCUGCUCAACAUCCUGCACCACCUCAUCCCCCCGGCUCUGAACCCCAUUGUUUAUGGUAUGAGAACCAAGGAGAUCAAGCAGGGAAUCCAGAAACUGUUGAGAAGAUUGUAA